CCCGUGGCCCGGUGCGGGGGCUGGGCCAGGGCCAGGGCCAGGCGGGUUCCGCCGUCGCCGCACCGGCAGCACCUCCUGGAUGCUCCCUCAGCGCCGGCUGCCCCGGCAGCGGGGGUGAGAGGUGGGUGCUGAGUGUCUUCCCUGAGCCUGCACGGCGGAUGGGCCCGGCGGAUGGGCUGAGGAUGUCUGGAAGCGCCUCGGGAAGGCAGGCGGCGCCGGCGGAGGUAACAGAUUGGUUGGCACAUUCAUUUGAUGACUUCUUGGGCAACACAAAUACUUCUUCUAGUGCCAUUCCUGUGAAGGCACUGGAAGGCAACUCUGGAAGAAACCCUCAGCAGAAGAAAGUCCUGUCUUCUGUGCCAGAAAGUAGCAAAACUAAAGUUCUGCCCAGAAGAAGAACAAAGUCAUCUUCAGUAGAUCUGCCUUGUAACAAGCCCAGGAAAAACUGGAGCCAGUCCCAAGAUGAGCCGUGGGUAGAUAGAUACAGACCUGAAACUCAGCUCAUCUCUGGAGAGGAAUUGUGUUACAAGUCUAGAAGACAAAAUGACCUUGCUGUGCAAAAGAAGAAAAUUGAAGAAGUUGAAACCUGGUUAAAAAUGCGCAUGUUUCAAAGGCAGCCAAAGCAGGGUGGCUCUGUUUUACUGCUGACUGGUCCUUCUGGUUGUGGAAAGACUGCGACUAUACAAAUAUUAGCAAAAGAUCUUGGCAUUCAGGUGCAAGAAUGGACCAAUCCAAUAUCUUUAGACUUUACAAAAGAAGACUUAAGAAAUAUGUUUGGCCAUGACUCAGAUUUUCAUACGUUUCCGAGUCAGGCCCAAGCAGCUCUCUUUCAAGAUUUUCUAUUAAGAGCAAAUAAGUAUAACAAACUUCAGAUGCUUGGGGAGUCCUCAGAAAAUGGUAAAAAGCUUAUUCUUAUUGAAGACAUACCUAACCAAUUCUAUCGAGACCCUAGCAGUCUACAUGAAAUCCUCAGGAGAUUUGUUCGUACAAGUAGAUGUCCCCUUAUAUUUAUAAUCUCUGAUAACUUCCAUGGAGACAGCAACCAGAGGUCACUAUUCCCAGUGGAAAUUCUAGAGGAGUUGUGUAUAUCCAAUAUUAGUUUCAAGCCUGUUGCACCAACAAAUAUGAUGAAAGUUCUUAAUCGAAUAGCUGCAGCAGAAGCUCUUACGAACAGAGAAAAGAACUAUGCGCUUGAUAAAACUUCUCUGGAGUUGCUCUGCAGAGGUUGUUCAGGUGAUAUAAGAAGUGCAAUAAACAGUCUUCAGUUUUUGUCUAUGAAAGAUUGCUCACUGGAGAAAGAGUUUUGGUCAAAGAAGAAAAGGAGUUCCAGACUAAAACAUGAAGCAGUGGCAGUAUCUAAAGUAGGAAAGAAAAGUAAAUCUGAUACUUCAGAAGACCAGGAGAUACAAGCUAUUGGUGGCAAAGAUGCUUCCAUCUUUCUUUUCCAUGCUCUGGGGAAAAUAAUUUACUGCAAAAGAGAACCAGUGUCAGAAUCAGAAUUUCCACAGCUGCCUGCUCACUUAUCAGAAUACCGUCGAGACACAUUGCUUAUACAGCCUGAGGUUAUUGUGGAAAAGUCGCAUAUGUCUGGAAGCAUGUUUAAUCUAUACCUUCACCAGAACUAUGUAGACUUUUUUUCUGAUAUAGAUGAUGUAGUGAGAGCCAGUGAAUAUCUGAGCACAGCUGAUGUCCUCUGUAGUAAUUGGAAUAUACGUCUUGUGAUGGAAAAAUACAGUGCAUCUGUGGCAACCCGAGGGGUAAUACAUUCAAAUACAUCCAGAGCCUUUGCCCACCACCAAGGAGGGAUGGGAUUCCGGCCUUUACAUAAACCCCAAUGGUUAUUUAUCAAUAAAAAGUAUCAAGAAAAUUGCCUUGCUGCCAAAUCUCUCUUUUCAAGCUUCUGUUUACCACCCAAGUGUCUUCAGACAGAGCUGUUGCCUUAUCUUGCUAUGUUAGCAAAUCCAAUGAGAAACCAAGCUCAGAUUGCUUUUAUCCAAGACAUUGGGAGACUACCACUGAAAAGACAUUUUGGAAGAUUAAAGCUUGAAACACUUACUGAUGAAGAUCCAGGGAUACCAGACUUAUUUGGUAGCUCAGAGAGGGACUGUGCCAAUGUGCAUGCUAUGGAGACAGAUGCACAAACGGAGAAAAAUGGAACGAAUGAAAAUGAAUUGGAUGGAUUCCCUCUGUCUUCUAGCCAGUGCAGUGGAAGUGAACUACCUUGCAGCCAGCCUCAGCCUGUUGCAGCUCAAGCAAUCAUGGAGGAAGAUGAAGUAAAAAUAGAGGAAUAUGAUAGCGACUGAGUAGAACAAAAUUGACUUGCCUGAAUAGAUUAAUACUCUACAAAGGCCUUUGCUAAAGAGAGUAUGGUCUGCACAAAAGUACUGCUUCAGCUGUGUGGGUGAGCUAGGAGACCAAGUCUAAACAUGCUGUGUCAGCAUUGAGAUACCUUUCCUCAGCUUCCUCCUAACUUUGCAGGAUCAGACCUGAACUGAAUACUAAACUACAAGCUAUUCCCUGCCUUUCCUGAGCCAUGAAAUAAUCUUUAUUGAUAAAAAGAGAAUAAUAAAUGAUGACUGAAAUUAGUUUAAAAGAGACUGUAGAUAAGUAGUGCCACUGUUAAGUUAUUUUUUUUUUGUUACACAUUUUAAUUUGCUUCGAAGUUUUGCAGUGUUUCCUGAGUACACAUUUGAUAAGUUGAAGGUUCUAUUAAAAUUCAUACCUUCAAAAAAAGUUACUGUUUGGAACGUUGGCCCUUCUCAAAGAAGAAAUUGAAGUGUAUAUGUAAAAAGUUUGAUAUCCCAUACUGAUGAUAUAAAUAAAACUCCUACUCUAUUAA